AGCUGCGGGCAGCGGCGGCCGCCCGGCCCCGGAUUUCCAUGGUACCGGGGGCCGCCUGCAUCCCCCCGCCCUGAGCCGGCAGCGGGCGGCAGCGGAGCGCCGAGGGCCGGGCACACGGGAUCUAAUCCUUCACCCUGGGUGGUUCUUGUCUCCACAGAACCAUGUGAGGGACAUUGCCAGGACUCAGGACACGCGCAGGGGACGCGGAGUUUGCCUUUCCCAGGAUGGAUCAGAGGAGGAACUGGCCUCGGGCACCGGACUCUGAUGGUUGGUCAGUGGCUCUGCUCUGCCUCUUCCUGGCAUCGCUGUCCCGGAACGUGUCCAGCAAUGCCUUGUUCAACACUUUCCACUCGGAGAACCGGGACUGGACGUUCAACCACCUGACAGUGCACCGGGGCACCGGGGCCGUCUACGUGGGGGCCAUCAACAGGGUCUACAAGCUUUCGGGGAACCUGACCAUUCUGGUGGCUCACAAAACCGGUCCUGAGGAGGACAACAAAUCCUGCUACCCACCCCUCAUCGUGCAGCCGUGCAGCGAGGUCCUCACGCUCACCAACAACGUCAACAAGCUGCUCAUCAUCGACUACUCGGAGAACCGGCUGCUGGCGUGCGGCAGCCUCUACCAGGGGGUCUGCAAGCUGCUGCGCCUCGACGACCUCUUCAUCCUGGUGGAGCCCUCGCACAAGAAGGAGCAUUACCUCUCCAGCGUCAACAAGACGGGCACCAUGUACGGGGUGAUCGUGCGCUCCGAGGGCGAGGACGGGAAGCUCUUCAUCGGCACGGCCGUGGAUGGCAAGCAGGAUUAUUUCCCCACCCUGUCCAGCCGCAAACUGCCCCGGGACCCGGAGUCGUCGGCGAUGUUGGAUUACGAGCUCCACAGUGACUUUGUUUCGUCCCUCAUCAAAAUCCCCUCGGACACACUGGCUCUGGUUUCGCACUUUGACAUCUUCUACAUCUACGGCUUCGCCAGCGGUAACUUUGUGUAUUUCCUGACCGUGCAGCCCGAGACCCCCGAGGGCGUUUCCAUCAACUCCGCCAGCGACCUCUUCUACACCUCGCGCAUCGUCCGCCUGUGCAAGGACGACCCCAAGUUCCACUCGUACGUGUCCCUGCCCUUCGGCUGCGUCAAGGGCGACACUGAGUACCGGCUGCUGCAGGCUGCCUACCUGUCCAAACCCGGGGAGGUGCUGGCCAGAGCCCUCAACAUCACAGCGCAGGAGGACGUGCUCUUUGCCAUCUUCUCCAAGGGGCAGAAGCAGUACCACCACCCCCCCGACGACUCCGCGCUCUGCGCCUUCCCCAUCCGCACCGUCAACGCCCACAUCAAGGAGCGCCUGCAGUCCUGCUACCAGGGCGAGGGCAACCUGGAGCUCAACUGGCUGCUGGGGAAGGAUGUCCAGUGCACCAAAGCGCCAGUCCCCAUCGAUGACAACUUCUGUGGGCUCGACAUCAACCAGCCCCUGGGGGGCUCAGUGCCCGUGGACGGGGUGACGCUCUUCACCUCCAGCCGCGACCGCAUGACCUCCGUGGCUUCCUACGUCUACAACGGCUACAGCGUGGUCUUUGUGGGCACCAAGACGGGCAGGCUGAAGAAGAUCCGGGCUGAUGGGCCCCCCCAGGGCGGGAUCCAGUACGAGGUGGUGCCGGUGUUCAAGGACGGGAGCCCGGUGCUGCGGGACAUGGCCUUCUCCAUCGACCACAAGUACCUGUACGUGAUGUCAGAGCGCCAGGUGUCCCGGGUGCCCGUGGAGUCCUGUGAGCAGUACACGACCUGCCAGGAGUGCCUGAGCUCGGGGGACCCCCACUGUGGCUGGUGCUCCCUCCACCACAUGUGCUCGCCGAGGGACCGCUGUGAGCGCGCAGAGGAGCCGUUCCGCUUCGCUGGGAGCAUCGGGCAGUGCCUGAGCGUGGCCGUGCAGCCCAGCAGCAUCUCCGUGUCCCAGCACAGCCUCCCGCUCAGCCUGCGGGUGAGCGACGCUCCAGACCUGAGCGCCGGCGUCAGCUGCGUCUUCGGGAACCUGAGCGAGGUGGAGGGGCAGGUGGCGGGCAGCCAGGUGGUUUGUGUGUCCCCAGCAGCCAAGGAUGUCCCUGCCAUCCCCGUGGAUCAGGACUGGUUCGGGGUCGUGCUCCAGCUGAAGUCCCGGGAGACCGGCAGGACCUUCGUCAGCACCGAGUUCAAGUUCUACAACUGCAGCGCCCACCAGCUGUGCCUGUCCUGUGUGAACAGCGCUUUCCGCUGCCACUGGUGCAAGUACCGGAAUCUGUGCACCCACGACCCCACCACCUGCUCCUUCCAGGAGGGACGGAUCAACACCUCUGAGGACUGCCCCCAGCUGUUCCCCACCGAGGAGAUCCUGAUCCCGGUGGGAGAGGUGAAGCCCAUCACGCUCAAGGCCAGGAACCUGCCCCAGCCCCAGUCGGGGCAGAGGGGCUACGAGUGCGUGCUGAGCAUCCAGGGCAUCAUCCACAGGGUGCCCGCCCUGCGCUUCAACAGCUCCAGCGUGCAGUGCCAGAACAGCUCGUACCUCUAUGAUGGGAUGGACAUCAGCAACCUGCCAGUGGACUUUGCUGUGGUUUGGAACGGGAACUUUGUCAUUGACAACCCGGAGAACCUGAAAGUUCACCUGUACAAGUGCGCGGCGCAGCGCGAGAGCUGCGGGCUGUGCCUCAAGGCCGACCCCAAGUUCGAGUGCGGCUGGUGCAGCGGCGAGGCCAAGUGCACCCUGCGGCCCCACUGCGGCUCCCCCUGGCUCCACUGGUCCGGCCACAACGUCAAGUGCUCCAACCCGCGCAUCACCGAGAUCCUGACGGUGUCAGGGCCCCCAGAAGGAGGGACCAGGGUGACCAUCCGUGGAGUGAACCUGGGCCUGGACUUCUCGGAGAUCGCGCAGGGCGUGCAGGUGGCCGGGGUGCAGUGCACGCCCCUGCCCGAGCACUACGUCGUGGCUGAGCAGAUCGUCUGUGAAAUGGGGCAGGCGCUUCCAGGGAUCAGCUCCGGCCCAGUGCUCCUGUGCAUCGGAGAGUGCAAGCCCGAGUUCACGGCCAAGUCAGCACAGCAGUACAUGUUUGUGACCCCAGCUGUGAGUUUCCUGAGCCCCAGCCGUGGCCCAGAGUCGGGAGGGACCAUGGUGACAAUCUCUGGCCACUACCUCGGGGCUGGCAGCCGCGUCUCCGUGCUCCUGGGCAACCAGACCUGCGAGUUCCACGAGCGAUCCAUGAAUGAGAUUGUUUGUGUGUCAGCACCCUCAGCCCACGGCCUGGGCGCUGUUCAGGUCUCUGUCAGCGUGGACAGGGCUCAGCUGGAGAGGACUUUGCUGUUUGAGUACAUCGAUGACCCCAAGGUGCAGCACAUCGAGCCCGAGUGGAGCAUUGCCAGUGGCCACACGCCCCUGACCGUCACUGGCACCAACCUGGAUGUGAUCCAGGAGCCGCGGAUCCGUGUCAAGCACAACGGGAAGGAGUUUGUCAACGUGUGCAAGGUGGUCAAUGCCACCGCCCUGUGGUGCCUGGCACCGCCGCUGACCCCCGAGUACCGGCCGGGGCUGGACGCCGUGGAGCGCCCGGACGAGUUCGGCUUCAUCUUCAACAACGUCCAGUCCCUGCUGGUCUACAACGACACCAAGUUCAUCUACUACCCCAACCCCACGUUUGAAAUGCUGAGCUCCACGGGCGUGCUGGAGCAGAAACCAGGCUCUCCCAUCAUCCUGAAGGGCAGGAACCUGUGCCCGCCCGCCCCCGGAGGAGCCAAGCUCAACUACACGGUGCUGAUCGGGGAGACGCCCUGCGCCGUCACCGUGUCCGAGACCCAGCUGCUGUGCGAGCCCCCCACCCUCAGCGGGCAGCACAAAGUGAUGGUGCGUGUUGGGGGCGUGCUCUUCUCGCCUGGCUCCGUGAGCAUCGUGUCCGACAGCCUCCUGACCCUCCCCGCCAUCGUCAGCAUCGCGGCCGGCGGCUCGCUGCUCCUCGUCAUCGUCAUCAUCGUCCUCAUCGCCUACAAGCGCAAGUCCCGCGAGAACGACCUCACCCUCAAGAGGCUGCAGAUGCAGAUGGACAACCUGGAGUCCCGGGUGGCCCUGGAGUGCAAGGAGGCUUUUGCAGAGCUGCAGACGGACAUCAACGAGCUGACCAGCGACCUGGACCGCUCGGGGAUCCCGUACCUGGAUUACCGCACCUACGCCAUGCGCGUGCUGUUCCCCGGCAUCGAGGAUCACCCCGUGCUGCGGGAGCUCGAGGUGCAGGGGAACGGGCAGCAGAGCGUGGAGAAGGCCCUGAAGCUCUUUGCCCAGCUGAUCAACAACAAGGUGUUCCUGCUGACCUUCAUCCGCACGCUGGAGCUGCAGCGCAGCUUCUCCAUGCGCGACCGCGGCAACGUGGCCUCGCUCAUCAUGACGGGGCUGCAGGGCAAGCUGGAGUACGCCACCGACGUCCUCAAGCAGCUGCUCUCCGACCUCAUCGAGAAGAACCUGGAGAACAAGAACCACCCCAAGCUGCUCCUGCGCAGGACCGAGUCGGUGGCCGAGAAGAUGCUGACCAACUGGUUUGCCUUCCUGCUGCACCGAUUCCUCAAGGAGUGUGCUGGAGAGCCCCUGUUCAUGCUCUACUGUGCCAUCAAGCAGCAGAUGGAGAAGGGCCCCAUCGAUGCCAUCACGGGCGAGGCGCGCUACUCCCUGAGCGAGGACAAGCUCAUCCGGCAGCAGAUCGAGUACAAGACCCUGAUCCUGAACUGUGUGAACCCAGACAAUGAGAACAGCCCAGAGAUCCCCGUGAAGGUGCUGAACUGCGACACCAUCACCCAGGUCAAGGAGAAGAUCCUGGACGCCGUGUACAAAAACGUCCCCUAUUCCCAAAGACCCAGAGCUGUGGACAUGGAUUUGGAGUGGCGGCAGGGCCGCAUCGCCCGCGUGGUGCUGCAGGACGAGGACAUCACCACCAAGAUCGAGGGGGACUGGAAGCGCCUCAACACCCUGGUGCACUAUCAGGUGUCAGACCGCUCCGUGGUGGCUCUGGUCCCCAAGCAAACCUCCUCCUACAACAUCCCUGCCUCUGCCAGCAUCUCCAGGACAUCCAUCAGCAGAUACGACUCCACGUUCCGCUACACCGGCAGCCCCGACAGCCUCCGCUCGCGCGCGCCCAUGAUCACCCCCGACCUGGAGAGCGGCGUCAAGGUCUGGCACCUGGUCAAGAACCACGACCACGGCGACCAGAAGGAGGGAGACCGGGGCAGCAAGAUGGUGUCUGAGAUCUACCUGACCAGGCUCCUGGCUACAAAGGGCACGCUGCAGAAGUUCGUGGAUGACCUGUUUGAGACGCUGUUCAGCACGGUGCACCGCGGCAGCGCCCUGCCCCUCGCCAUCAAGUACAUGUUCGACUUCCUGGACGAGCAGGCGGACAAGCACGGCAUCCACGACACCGACGUGCGGCACACCUGGAAGAGCAACUGCCUCCCCCUGCGCUUCUGGGUGAACGUGAUCAAAAACCCUCAGUUCGUGUUCGACAUCCACAAGGGCAGCAUCACGGACGCCUGCCUGUCCGUGGUGGCUCAGACCUUCAUGGAUUCCUGCUCCACCUCGGAGCACCGCCUGGGCAAGGACUCGCCCUCCAACAAGCUGCUGUACGCCAAGGACAUCCCCAGCUACAAGAGCUGGGUGGAGAGGUAUUACGCAGACAUCGCCAAGCUCCCGGCCAUCAGCGACCAGGACAUGAACGCCUACCUCGCCGAGCAGUCGCGCCUGCACGCCGUGGAGUUCAACAUGCUGAGCGCCCUCAACGAGAUCUACUCCUACGUCAGCAAGUACAGCGAGGAGCUCAUCGGGGCUCUGGAGCAGGAUGAGCAGGCUCGGAGGCAGCGCUUGGCGUACAAAGUAGAGCAACUCAUUGGGGCCAUGUCCUUCGAGAGCUGAAGAGAGGUCACGGGCAGCAAAGGGCAGAGGAUCGCACGGACUCUCGGGAAUCUGGAGGGACAACAAGCAAGGAAGGCACUGGACACACCCCCAAGGCUCUUCUGGAGAGAGCAGAGCCUGGCCCAAGGACUGGCUGUGCUCAAAAGUCACACAGGAUCCAGUUGGAAAGGGCAGGAAGGGAAGGUGAAACAUCUCAAUCAAAGUCCAAGCAAGGUGCAUCAUUUUUUUUCAAGAAGGAACCUGGAAAGUCUGGAUGUCUCCACGACUGCUGCUUUGCAUGAAAAUUGUUUAAUGUAUAUUAGAAAAUAAAACUUUAUUUAAAGUUUUUUUUUUAAAAAAAAAAAAAAAGAAA